AAAAACUGGCUGCUGGCUUAGUUUGACUGGAGGGUUUUCUCUCCCUGGUGUGGCAUUUGCAUUCUAACGCUCAUGUGUUAACAUCCAGCAUUGCUUGGCUUCCCCCAGCACAGUGGCCUGAUUUCAGGGAUUUGAAGUAGAUACGACAGACAGCAAGAGAGAAAGAGAGACAAAGUGCAUGUAUGCUGGAGAGAGAUAAGUUAGUUUAGAAGUAGGAGGGAAAUAGAACAGAGGUCCAGAGAAGGGAAGAAAAAGGAGAAGCAGGUGAGGGAGAAAACAGUUGAAAAAGGGAUCCAGAAAAACGAGGGGUGAAGAAACGUUGAUUAGCUGACUGUACACUACAAAUCCACCAACAUGGCAGCCAUGGAAGCACUGGAAUCCUCAAGUACCCAGCUGGAGCCUCAAACCCUCACUGAGAUCUCAGAUGACGAGGUCAACUUCCCACCCUCAGAUGAUGAAGACGAUGCCCUUGCCGCUGCCAAGACAGAGCAAGUCACCAUGGGCACAGAGGAGGGCGCCGUCGAAGACAAGGACGAGGUAUUGAGGCUGGACCCGCAGGUGAACGGGGUCAUGGUGCUUUCUUUGCUUGACAAGAUCAUCGGGGCAGUGGACCAGAUCCAACAGACCCAGAGUGGGCUUGAGGCCAGGCAGCAAGAGAUGGAGCGUUCGGUGACCAGCAUCCAGGGUGAGCUGACCAAACUGGCCAAGAGCCACAGCACCACGUCCAACAGUGUUAAUAAGAUGAUGGAGAAGGUGCGCAAAGUGAGCGUCAAUGUCAAGACAGUGCGGGCCACCCUGGAGAAGCAAGGAGGCCAAAUCAAGAAACUGGAGAACAAUGAGGCUGAGCUGCUUAAGAGACGCAACUUUAAAGUCAUGAUCUACCAGGAUGAAGUGAAGGUUCCCUCAAAACUCAGCAUUUCUAAAUCCAUGAAAGUUUCUGAGUCUGUCUCAGGAAGUAGAGGAGGCAGCUUGCUAGAGCUUAAGGAAGCUGUUGAAGAGCCUGGAGAGGAGGGAGGAGAAGAAGAGAAGGCAGACAAACCCCAUGUAGACCUCUCAUCAGAUGAGGAGGGUGUGGAGAUUGAGGAGACCAUUGAGGAGACUCGCGCUGAACGCAUCAAGCGCAGCAGCCUGCAGCGUGUACAAACCCUGAAGACAGUCUUCUCAAGGGAGAAGAUGGAUAAGACCAGGGCAAAGACCAAAGAAAACCUGGAGAAGACCAGACAAAAAACCAAGGAGAACCUGGAGAAGACGAGGCAGAAGACAAAAGAAAACCUGGAAAAGACCAGGCAGAAAACCAAGGAGAAUUUAGAGAAGACCAAGCAGAAGACUAGGGAGAACCUGGAGAAGACACGUCACAACAUUGAGAAGAAGAUGGGAAAGCUUGGAACACGCAUGACUGUCAACCCUGAGCGCAAGCAGAAGAUUCAGACAUCCCGUGACAAGAUGAAGAAGUCCUUCACACCAGACCAUGUUGUUUAUGCCCGAUCCAAGACUGCCAUUUACAAGGUGCCCCCCUUCACCUUCCAUGUCAAGAAAAUCCGCGAGGGCGCUAUUGAGGUGGUCCAAGGCACUGAGAUGGUGGAAGUGUCCCAGGAUGCUGAACCCUUCAGUGGGGUAGAUGGGGUGCUUGAGGAGGGCACAGUGGAGGUUGAAAUGGAGAUGAUGAAUGGAGAUGGGGAUGAAGAAGAGGAUGAGGAGGAUGAAGAGGAGGACAGCCAUGAUGCCCUGCAGGAGAAUGAAGAGAGAGAUAGAGACAGCGAAUAGAAAAAUAAUGAGGAAUUUGCUAAGAUCCUAACAAAAUCCUUUGCACCGGCCCUGUCUCCUCUGUAAAAACUGAAUAAAUUGGCAGGAUGUAGAAGAUUGCUGAAAAGUUAUUACGGUUGAUAACAGGUUGGGUCUUAUUUAGAUUAUUUUGGCCGUUAUUCUUAUCACGUAUAAUAACUUCGCACUCACCAAAGUAAUUGUUGAGAUCUGGGAGCAUGGGGACAUUGCUACAAGUUCAAUAGAACAGUCAAAGUUAUCAACUAUCUGGUGAAGAAAGUAGAACAUUUAGCAGUAAAGGGGCACAUAUUAUUCCUCAGGAUUUGGUGGAGACCAGAACAGAGCUAAAAGAAGGAUGAAUAUCGGGCUUACUUUUGCCUGGUGGACACAAAUACAACUCAAAAUGAUUGAUAAUGUUGCUUCAUGUUACCUUGAUGUUUAUAUAAGCAACUGUUUGCUGACUCAUUCACAAUAUCAACUUUAUAGGGUGAUAAUAUGUCAUUGUUUUUUAUAGCUUGUUGUGCUUUUAAGUGGCCAAAAAAUACUAAAUAGCAAAGCUAGGGCCAGGUAGUAUUCUAUCUUAGAAAAACUGUACACAGUGCACAGAGAGUGGUAGGAACAGGGAAUCAGUAGGUGAUUUGUAGUAAAUUUCCCCUGGUGCCAAAUAGCAAUCUAACCAUGGGUUGUCGUAAUCCCAGGUCUCAGCAGUUAACUUGGUCAAGACAAUGUCCUUAUUACCAAUAGGAAUGAUGGCCAAUACUACAAAAACAAGACCCAAGUUGGAAAAAAAUACAAUUUUCAUAUAACAGUGUAGGUUUUACUUUAUUUGACUACAGGCUGUGUGCUUAAAAAUAGUAAUUUAAAGAUUUUCAUGAAAAUCUUCCCAUAUUUUGCAAAAGUACUUCAGGGGUUGUUUAGAAUCUAUUUCUUUUUGGAAUAUGUAGAUGGUCACUAAUUGAAAUAAGAUGAAGAAAAUGGGAAGAGGAAAUAGCAGAACUGACAUAAUUAAGAGAUCAUUAGGAGAGGACACCACCAUUCCCUUUGUAAGAAAGUGUAACUUGUCAGCAUUUACUUUCUUGUUUCAUUUUUUAAAUCAAGACACUACACUAACCAGUCACAACUAGUGGAAUGAGUACAUGGAAAUGACUUAUCUCCUGUCCAUUGAAUUUCAGUUCAGCUGUCAUGGAUAGUUAAAAUACAGAUUCCAAUUGGCCAAAUUAUUCAUAAACACAGAGUACAUAUUCAUGCUUAUCCAGAAGAUCCUUGAGUUUUUAGAAAUAUUACAUAUCAGACAUGCAAAACAAUUUUUCCACCCCCAUUGUUGUUUAGUUGUUUAAAUAUUGAGGUGUUAUCUUACUCUCUUUAAUGUACUCAUUAUUUAGAAGCAAAGUGAUUCAGUUGUAAUUUCUAGGUUUUCAUAAGCUCACAGUUAAGUAUUUGUGUAUGAUUUUGUAUGUAAUCACACUUUACACUAGGCUGAUGUCAUCUCCUUUUGAUUACCGACAGAAUGCAGCCUAAUUGCUGUAUUUUCAACGCACUUUGUAUCAUGCAGUACUAUUAUAUAACAUUUUACUGCCAGUGUUCCCAAAGAAUAACCCACAACCAUGAAAAUGAAGGUCUGCCACACAUAAGAUAGAGACAGCUCAUUCAUAGGUCCAUUACAUUUCACUUACCAAUGGUAUUCACUUUCGAUUAUUUUCUCAUGGGAAUUUUCCUGUUAAAAAACAAUGUUAUGUGUUUAUGUGUUUCGUAAAUAAACUGAGAUAAGGACCAAUACUUUAAGCAAAUCUAACAAACCUCCAGUAGAAUCAGUUUGGACUGUACUUUAAGGACCUGUGUAGUCACGGGACUAAGUUUCAAAGCAAGUAUGUGUUAUUGCUGUUGUCUGACAGUGACCCCUAGUGUCCAGUCAUCUCACUAUAAUUUUCUCUGUUGCAGAUUAAAAGUGCAUUUCAGCAGAGCCUCCAACUGUUCUCUUUCAAAUUACCGUUUAGUUUAAAUAUAGCCACACAGGUUUUCUCAGUUGUCCACAUUUACUCAUUUGUAACAAGAUGUAAAAACCUGUUUUAUAUUUUCACCACUAUUGGUGGUAUUUUAUGAGUGCCUUGCAAGAAUGAAUUCAAGAAAUAAUGUUUUUCAUUCUUGAAAAAUCUGCUCUGACCGCAUUUCUUCUAGCAUAUUCAAGAUAAACGUCCAUCCACCAAUUCAUUUUCCAAACUUUCCUGGUCAGGGUAUUAGGGACUGGAGCCUAUCUUGGCAUUCUUUGGGGUGAAGGGGCGCACGUCCUGGACAUAUCAGAAGUCUAUCAAAGGGCUAAUGCAGAGACAGAUCCUAGACAAAAUCAGAGAAUAUAAACUUUUACAUAACUGAUGCAAAGGUUUACCAGGGUGCCAUAGUAACUGUAUGGUCAAAGUUUAAUUUCUAGCUCAGACAAAUCACAGUUUUAUUUGUUUUAAUUUUUUGUAUAUAAUGUGAAUCACUGCCAAUGCAGAUCACAAUGCAUUUUGAUUUUAUUUACCAGAGAGCCUCUUGCCUUCUGUUGCCUGCACUACUUCAGCAUUUAGAACAGCUGUUUGGGCCAAAUAAUUUUGAUGUUUGCAAAGAUUCCGCAGUGCAACAGAGGAGACUGGAACUCUUUCAUGUUAGCAAGGAUAAAAUAUAGUAGCUUUUUUGAUGUGCAGUUGUGGUAGAUACAUUUGGUGGUUUAGGGUUCAGUCCUUCAAAGUGGAUUAACAAUGCCAUGUCUGUCAAAUCAGUAACAAUAUGCAACUAUGCUGAGGCCUUUGUCAAUGGAACACAAAAUGUAGUUCACACUUAACUGUGUCCUUGCUUUUGUUUUGUCAUUAACUGAUUCCUGUAUAAUGUUCAACGUUUCAUUUCUUAACCACUAAUGAUUUAAUUAAUAAAAACUAUUUGGUUCACA